UGCACACCAUUGUUUGAGCCGGUAGGUGGUGUUAUUUUUUUCUGCCUCCCUUCAGUCUCAAAAGUUUUAUAUGAUGCUGUCUGUCUGUUUGCGUUGAAUGAAGAUGGCGACCAGUUCAGAGCGUAGUCCCCCUCCCUUUCCCGAGGACCUGGAACCGGAGCCUGACGAAGUUGGAGACCAAGACAGUGAUGACGGAGAAGACAUUUUUCUUGGCACAGAUAACCCAUUGGAGAUAAAGAUGGACCCUUCGCUGUCUGCAAGUGACAUCGCAAGUUCAACCAAACCACUGAGUGAAGCAUCUAGUCCUCCAGUGAUGGACCUCCUUAGUGAACCAGCAAGUGAGGCAUCUAGUGCGCCAAUGGUGGACCUCCUUAUGGAACCAGCAAGCGAGGGAUCUAGUGCUCCAAUGGUGGACAUCCUUAGUGAACCAGCAAGCGAGGCAUCUAGUGCGCCAAUGGUGGACCUCCUUAUGGAACCAGCAAGGGAGGGAUCUAGUGCUCCAAUGGUGGACCUCCUUAUGGAACCAGCAAGCGAGGCAUCUAGUGCUCCAAUGAUGAAUCUCCUCAUGGAACCAGCAAGUGAGGCAUCUAGUGCUCCAAUGAUGAAUCUCCUUAUGGAACCAGCAAGUGACGACUUAAAGGAGCCUCCCAAACCUGACAUCGACCCAUUGGCUGACAUUCUCAACGACACUCCACUCAGUGAAGUCAAAACACCGGUUGCUGCGAUGCCCCAGGAGACACCGAGCGACCUCUUUGACGAUGAGCCUAGCGAACUUUUCGCUGAACCACGACAAAGUAACACCGCCAAGCAACAACAAACUAGCAUCUUUGACGAACCUGAUGAGGACCUCUUCAGCGAACCACUGGGUGAGGCCUCGAAGAAUCCCCAGAAUGAUUUCUUUAAAGAAGCACUUGCACCAGUGGCCAAAGCUAGCAAUGUCUGCGGUCCUCUGAGUGACAACUACAAUGAGCACCCCACUGAUAUAUUCACUGAGGAGGCUAUGACUACUCUCCCUAGUGCAGUCAGUACUGUUUCCGUCAACUCCAAGACCAACGGAGUCCACUCCGAUGAGGAGGAACCUGAUAUAUUUGCAGAAGCCACCGUAGAGCUGUCUCUGGACAGCCCUAGGAAUGACAGAAAAAAGAAAGGGGCAGCCAAGCCCUCUGCCCCUGCUCCUGCUCCCUCAGUCUCAGCAAGUGCUUCCAAACCGCAACCCAAGACCCUGGAGGAGUUGGAAGAGGAGGUUGAGGAUAAAUUUGAGCUGAAUAUCUCAAUAACCAAUCCAGAGAAAGUUGGGGAUGGCAUGAACGCUUACAUGGCCUACAAAGUCUCCACACAGACCACGCUGCCCAUGUUCCGCAGUAAGACGUUCACAGUGCGCCGGCGUUUCAGUGACUUCUUAGGCCUUUACGAGAAGCUCUCAGAUAAACACACACCGAACGGCUACAUUGUGCCCCCGCCGCCUGAGAAGAGCAUUAUGGGCAUGACUAAAGUCAAAGUGGGAAAAGAGGACAACUCGUCGGCUGAGUUUGUGGAGAGGAGGAGGGCGGCUCUGGAGAGGUAUCUGCAGAGAGUGGUGUUCCACCCAUCACUGCUACAAGACCCUGAUGUCAGAGAAUUCUUGGAGAGAGACGAUAUGCCCAGGGCUCACAACACCCAGGCUCUGAGCGGCGCCGGCUUCCUGAAGAUGAUCAACAGGGCUACAGACUCCCUCAGCAAGAUGACCAUCAAAAUGAAUGAGUCGGACGUGUGGUUCGAGGAGAAACUGCAGGAAGUAGAGGCUGAGGACCAGCAGCUGAGGAAGCUCCACAUAAUGGUGGACUCUCUGGUUGGACACAGGAAAGAGUUGUCGGUAAACACGGGUGGCUUUGCCAAGAGCGUGGCAAUGCUGGGCAGCUCGGAGGACAACACGGCCCUGUCCAGAGCCCUCUCCCAGCUGGCCGAGGUGGAGGACAAGAUGGAGCAGCUGCACCAAGAGCAGGCAGCCAGCGACUCGUUCUGCUUCGCCGAGCUGCUCGCCGACUACAUCCGCCUGCUGGGAUCUGUCCGGGCCUCCUUUGACCAGCGGAUGAAGACGUGGCAGCGCUGGCAGGAUGCUCAGAACAUGCUGCAGAAAAAGAGGGAGACAGAGGCCAAGCUGCUGUGGGCCAACAAACCUGACAAGCUGCAGCAGGCCAAGGAUGACAUCACUGAGUGGGAGGCCAAGGUGACUCAGUAUGAGAGAGACUUUGACAGAGUGUCAGCUACAGUUCGCAAGGAGGUGCUCAGGUUUGAGAAAGAGAAGGCCCGCGAUUUCAAGAAACAGAUCAUCAAAUACCUGGAGUCUCUGCUACAGUCGCAGCAACAGCUGAUAAAGUACUGGGAGGCAUUCUUGCCAGAGGCAAAAGCAAUUGCGUGAUGGAGUCCGCCAGCCAAUGGAAAGAAAGAAGAGGAGGCGGCCUUUUUUUAUACACUUUACCUCUCGCCUAUAAACCAAGAAAAUAACCAGAGAGUGCGCUGCAAAGGGAAAUUUGAUUCGUUUUUUAAAAUCAUCCUAAACCUAUAGCGCUUCAUUCUAACUGUUGUAUUAAUAAUUGUAUAUUUUCAUUUAACCUUCCACAUAUAUUUUCUAAAUGGUGAAAACAAACUUUAGCUCUUUUGUGAUGGUAUGGAUGUGUGUGAGGGCUGAGUGUCCAACUUGCGUAUGCAAUGUUAAUGAUUCCAUUAGUUUCCACUUCAGAACAGGAGAAAUCAUUGUUCUCAUUGUUCUCAGUGCAACAUCCUUAUAUUAAUAGGAGAUUUUUUACACAUUAGCAUUGUUAAUAAUUCACAACAGAGUGCCCAUCACACACAUGCCACACGAGGCAGAGUUUCUGGGGCUUUCAAGGGGAUCUAGUUGAAUUUAAUGCCCAAUUCCAAAUCAAACACCAGCACCCUACUCCCCAUGCACUUUCUUAAGAAUCAAGAUAAAGGAUUGGGUAUAAGUAAGCAAUAAUAACACAGAACAUCCACCUAGUCUUCCAAAAGGCUUGGCGUUGUUGUUAUUGUGGCUGGGGGUCCAUUUUGAAUUGAGUCAAAGACACAUGUGGCUCCACAUUCAGCCUGUAUAAUUUGGGAGGAUCUUGAGAUGUUUAAAUUUCUACAUUUUGAGUCAAACUUUUUUUUGUUAUUAUUAUACAUGAUCGGUUCAAUCACUGUGGACAUGACAUCAACCCUCCAAAAUAAAAGUCAAGAAAAUAAGAACCAAGGUUGAGAAGUGUGAAAAAUAAUGUAAAAAGUUAAACCACGUCAGUAACUGUUAAAAGUACUGCUGGUCCACAUGGAAAGCACGUUAAUUUCAAUGGAAGCUGUCUUUAUAUAACAGUUAUUGCAGAUUGUGAUGAAUGGCAUCAGAUUUGGGGGAAAUGAAACUGUUUCAGGGAAAUACUCCUACAUCAAAAGGGCAAUCAAAUCUUCUCAACAUGCACUAUAGUUUUCACUUUGCAUGAGGAACCGCAUCCAUUAAAAUGAUCACUUACCUGUAUUCUUUGUGGAACAGAGUUGUUACAGGUUGUUACUUUCCCAGAAUGAAAGGUAGUGGGUCUUUAAUUCAGUAGACUAGCUAGUAAUACAAUUGGGUUGGUCAUUCUGAUUGAGUGAAACUUCCUGGACUCAAAACAGUUGAUCAUGAUUUAAUGGCUCAGAUUAGCGCCAUGUUUAGGCUAUAUACAUAUGACUAAGUCUAUUUUUCAGUGCUUAUCAAUUAGUCUAAGAACAUGGUCCUCGAGACGCUUGGGUCAAACAACACCUGUUAAGAUUAAAGAUGCCCAAAUCAUAAUUGUAGUAAUCAAGAGAAACAAGCAAGACUCAAUGUAUGAGAUUUUGGGAUGUGAACCAUCCACCUGGGAGGAUGCUAGAGACUGAUUGUUUAGCAACAAAAUGACGCGUGCGCAGCUAUGGUGCAAAACAGAUGGUUGGCUUAGAUUGUUGACAUGUAAAACUUUAUUUUGUCUUCAAUGUUUAUUGAAAACGAAUACAUUUGCACGAUGAGCACUCAAAUCCAUCGUUAGUUGUUGGUUAGCUAUCUAGCAUAUACGUAACGUCAAAAUACCUCAAGACAUGGUAUCAAGAACAAGAUUAAACGAGCCACCUACGAUUCUCCACAAGCCCCAUUUGAAGCGUGCGCAUCGUUUGACGUGAGCUAACCCUUCUAUAGUGCAAUUCAAAUGCUUCUUCUAACGUGUUGGGAUGCAUUUUAUUUUAGAGCAUACAAUAUACCGAGAGAAGUUUCUUCUAUAUCUGUUUAUGUAAGCCAUAGGCCAAUACACACACGUUUAUUCCAUCGUUGUAUUGCCACUUUUUAAAGGGAGAGACAGAUCAUUGGUUAAGGCAGAUAUAAAUAAAUCAACGUUAUACUUUUACAUAUAAGGCGACUAAUUUCCAACACUCAAUGCUGCUGUCACACAAAUUAUCAUUUUGUUAUGACAGCCCUAUUAAUCGAUCCCACUUCUAACAUUUCUCUAUUUUGGAUUAGCAUGUUUUUUUCUUCUUCUUAAACUCAAUUGCGGUAAUGGCUACACAACAGAUGAUGCCUAAUGGGGACGUUUAAUUCUCGUUGGCAGCUGACACCAGAGUUAGUUUUUUUUUUAACUGCCGUAAAUUAUGGGAAAUAAAGUUGUUUGAAGAAAAGAAAAAAAAGUCGUCAAAUUACCCGUUAUUUAUAUGCCCCCUCCAUGUGCAAUACUAAUAAAAGGCUACUGUAUUCUCGAGUUCCUGUGGUAAAGCAUUGGCCCACGUGUUUUGUCUUAAAGGUCCAAUUAUACUCCAUCAAAUUUCUGGGUAACAAUUAAGUACCUUGCUGUGAUUUGCUUUUGACCAUUUUAAUUUAAAACGAUUUCUCAAGCAAUUUUCCUAGGACUGUCUGAAAGUGGUCUGAGUAGCUGUUAUUGGCAGAGAUGUUUGGAACUCUUAUUGGUCUAACUAAUUUAGCACAUGGUGAUGUCUCCAGGCAGUCCAAAAGCUCCAUCCAAGUUUUCAAACAGCUCUUACAUUUAAAAAGGCAUUUUCACAGUAUUAUUCCAACCUCUGUGAAAAUAUACACCGAGUGUACAAAACAUUAGGAACGCCUUCCUAAUAUUGAGUUGCACCCACUUUUGUCCUCAACACAUUCUCAAAUCUUCGGGGCAUGGACUCUACAAGGUGUCGAAAGCGUUCCACAGGGAUGCUGGUCCAUGUUAACUCUGAUGCUUCCCACAUUUGUGCCACGUUGGCUGGAUGUCCUUUGGGUGGUGGACCAUUCUUGAUUAACACACAGGAAACUGUUGUGUGUGGAAAAACCCAGCAGCGUUUCAGUUCUUGACACCAGUGUGCCUGGCCCCUACUACCUUAUCUCGUUCGAAUGCACUUAAAUCGUGUCUUGCCCAUUUACCCUCUGAAUGGCACACAUACACAAUCCAUGUCUCAAGGCUUAAAAAUAUGUUUUUAACCUGUUUCCUCCCAUUCAUCUACUCUGAUUGGAGUGGAUUUAAUGGGUGACAUCAAUGUUUAAUAGCGGUUGGCAUCCAAUAUGUUGCAUUACUGCCCCCAACUGGAAUAUAAUAUAAAUCCAUUAUACUUUGAUACAAAAACACUACCCCAUUCCACUACUUUGACUUUAUCUGCUCCUGCACCAUGCCAAUGGCCUGGGAGGACGGGACACCACCGCUCAACACUCCUUGUAAAUAUUCUGAAGUCAAAUGUACUUCUCUGCAGCUGCCAACAUCUAUUUUCAGUGAUUUCUGCAGUACAGUUGAUAACCAUUGCUAUGAACGCUAAGAAGCCAACGUUAAUGAAGUAUAUAUCACUCGUUGGCCUAUCCCUCUGUGCUGGCAUCCUUGACCCAUCCUCCUCUACUUUCUUCACUGCCUCAGCAUACGACAACUUCUGCACUACUCUGGCCACUUCAACCUGCCUCCUUCGCACCGGACACUUCUGAUUCCCAGCAAAAUGGACACCCCCGUACAGUUGGCACACACAACUUUAUCCAUCGAAACUACAUGAUCUUCUGUCCUAUGCCGUCGUGAACACUUCCCACAUCUUGGAAUCUCCCUCCUACACACUACUGUAACCUGUCUGUAAAUGUUGCACCUGAGACACUGCUGUGGAUUCAGCAGAAAAGCUCUAACAGAAACUGAUAUAUUCUAACAUGACUUUAUUGGUAAAAGACACUAACUCAAAACGACUGACUGUGACUCUACUUCACCACCGGGUCUGCGUUACAUCAAACGGCAGGCGUCACGAACGCCAAUCUUCAAAUUCAAUUGCUCCACCUCCACAAUUAACAUUACACCAGAAAUCAAUCACUCCUUUCAGUAGUGCCCUAUUCCUAAGCGCAAAACAAGAAACGGAUGUUGACCAAAGUUGCGUGACGCCUGCUCCAUCUGAGCAGAAAAAAAAACAUAUCACAAGACCACUACAGGUUACCUUCACUGAUUCAACAGCACCCAACUCCUUUCCCACCCACCCUGAAACCACAAAUGGAUCCACUUUCUCCAAAAAUGUCACUCCUACUGUACGAGAUUCUCCUUUAACAUGUCCAUCGAUGCCAGGAUCGGACUCCAAGCUUUUCACCACACCUUCCACCUCACUUCACUUCCAUUUCACCUCCAGAACUCGGUCUGGCGUACCCCUCACUGUUUGCACUUGACACCAAUCUUCUUCGACACACCUCCCUCUUUUCCGCCAUCUUCAACAGAUAAAGACUCAAGCUCUGCCUCCCUCACUCUUCAACCUCUUCUUCCGCUCUUCCAUUUCUCCUCUGAAAACCAAUGAAACGACUCCUUGUGAAAAUAUUCCACUUGUCCACAUCGAAACCUCUUUCUUGCCUCAACAGAACAUCUCUACUAUAACUGACAGCUCAACAGGUGACAUCAAUAAGGGAUCAUAGAUUUCAGUCUCAUAUUCCUAAUGUUUUGUACACUCCGUGUAUAUAAAACAAAGUAAAAUCACGUUUUUGACUGCACUGGGCCUUUUAACCUAUUAGAGGAUGUGUAUAAAGAUAUUAUAUUGCCCUCAGGCUCACACACCCUACUCUGAGACACUAGUAGGGAACUGAUCCUUGGUUUGAAGCCCUCACACUUUCACUGUUGCUUAUGUUUUUACUCGCAUUCCUUUUAUAAGCUCCUCUUUAGCCUCAAUGUCCUUUGCUUUUAGGUUGAAUUGCUAAAACUAGACUUACUGUAGGAGUAGUUUUGUUGAUGUCGGUCUAUCUUUGCAACUCAUCUGCCAACAUCACAUUAGGGUUAGGGUUAUGCACAUACAGAAACCCCCUGAGGUUGUUGACAGAGAAGCCCAAGCUAGCUGACUAUUCAGGUGGAGAAAUACCUUUCCUCCAACUUUCCCUUUACUCACUUCAGGUCAAGUCUAAACAAGACCUUGGUAGGUAAAAUGUCUUACAAAAGCUGAGGGUAAAUUAUUUCCCAACAAUGACUUGUGGGUUUAUAGUC